CUCUCAUCUGCCGCGAUGCAGCGAGUGAGAUAUAGGCUUCUUGGUUCGGGCGGGAGCCGCUUUGUUCAUCGGCUUGGCGUUUCUCAGUUCUUCUCUUUCUCGACCUCAUCAGCAGCGUACUCAUCAGGACAGCUGACCGUCCUGACGGCGUGGAGCAACGACACAGACAGGCACAGAGCAGGUACCCUACAACGUCAUCUCGCAUUGUGGAUGGAUGGAUGGAUGGAUGGUGUGUUCAGUGGCGGAGAUCGCCCGCAGGCAUCUGUCGGCCAUCGAGCAGCGGCAGAGGCAGCGUGAUGCCGAUUCGCAGAUCUGCUGGCUGUGGUUCUACGAUGACAGGCCGGCCCACAACAACAACAGCAACAGCAACAGCAGCAGCUCGGCCACACACCUGGUUGAGCACACGGCUGCCCGCAGGGACGACCUGAGUCUGGCUUUCCAGACGCCAUGCCUUGACGAGACGCCCUACACAAGCUGCUCGCUCAUCAUUGCGCCGUCCAUCAGGGUGCGUGAGCGAGGCCCGUGGGAAAGACACACAAAGGUGCAUGUGUUGUGUGUUGUGUGUGCUGUGUGUGCUGUGUGUGGACAGUUUUUCAGCACUCCUGACGAGUCCUUCCCAUCAGAGGUGCAGCCCACAUGGAUGAGCGAGUCGGGGGGGAUAUUCCUGUGUCUGGGCUCAAGGACCUCCAACGCCUACGCCCUCUACCGGCGCUUCUCGGGGCUAUUCCACCGCACCGCGGGCAUCCUGCUGCACACCUCCUCCCCCACAUACGCCCUCUCCCUCCCCCAGCACACCCACACCGACACGAAAGACGCCUCCAACGGUGCGGCGGGGCUCUUCAUCUUCGCCAUCGACCGGCCCGACGACCACCACGCCGACGCCUUCCCGGUGCUGGCAUACCGCAAUCGCUUUGACCCGAUCCAGAUCCACUCGUCAUUUGCGCGGCGCUUCUUCUUGCCCGAGAGGCUGGCUGAGUUUGCGGAGAAGCGCGCGACGAGGAUUGUGUCUGUGGACGAGGAGGAGAAGGGCCGGGCGGCGGUGACCUCUGCGGUGCGGCUGAAUGCGUUCAAGCCGGAGCCCCCGACUGUGGCUGACGGCCAGUUUAAGCGGCUUGAGGGGGUGCCCGUUAUGACGUACAAUGCGCCGUCAUGGCCACAGAAGGAGAUUUAUCUGACCCUGUUUGAGCCACGGUGAGUGAGUGAGACCAAUACUGAGUCUCGCUUUUGUGUCUUCUGCAUCGCACACUGUGGGGAUGGGUGGGUGGUUGUCAUGUGCAGCUAUCGGGUGAUGUUCAAGCACGCCAUCGACCGCUGCGGGGGGCUCUUUGGCUUCAUCCGAGAGGGCUUCUCGAUCGGCUGUCUGGUGGCCAUAGAGGGAUGGGCCUUCACAACGUCAGACUACCAGGUCAUGCUCAAGGGCACAGCCACACACCGCUUCCUUCUCGGCCGCCGACAGCCCGCCCUCUCCGACGCCCCCGAGAGCUUCGGCCUCUGCUUCCACGACGUCUGGGUGUACGAUGACACCCACAGCGAGGUCGAGAAGCGGCAGCUGGAGGAGCAGGAGUGGGUCAGGCGGGACAUCAUGCCGUCCAUAAGGGCCAGGGGCAUCUCGCUGGCCGAGUACUCCUUCUCUGCCAGGGACGAGAGCAGCGAGCUGGUGCUGGCGUCGACCAGCCUGUCUGCCCGGCUGCAGUUUGCCGUGCACGGGGACGCGGGCCUGAGCCGGCUCCAAGAGACAUCUGUGUUUGCGAGGGACAAUUUGCCAGAGGAGGUGGUGGAGAGGAGGGGUGGGAGCGAGUGAGUGAGAAAGAGAUGCAUUCAUGGGUGGGGGAGGGGUGUGGGCGAGAGAAUAUGCUAUAUAGCAUCGAUCCGUGUGUGUCUGUGUGUCUGUGUGUGUGUGUGUACAGCCUGACAGACAGACAGACUUGCUUGCACCGUGUUGACUGACUGAUGGAUGGAUGGAUUGACGCAUGGAUUGACGCGAGGUGCACGAGGUG